AUGCUGAGUUUUUGUGGGAAGUUUGGAACUUGUGGGAUGGUGCAAUCCAGAAGCUCGUUGUGUGGAGUGGGCUUGAUUCUGUUGCUAUGCUGGUCUUCCUUGCUGAUUGGCUGUGAUAGUCAAGUUACGCAUCCUGAUGAAGUAAAAGCACUGCAAUCCAUAAGGAAAGCUUUGAUUGAUCCAAAUCGAAAUCUCAGUAAUUGGAACAAAGGUGAUCCAUGCACUUCAAAUUGGACUGGUGUUUUGUGCUUUAAUCAUACGAUGGAUGACAAUUAUCUUCACGUCAGAGAACUGCAAUUAUUCGGUUUGGGCCUGUCAGGAAGUUUAUCACCAGAGCUCGGCCGUUUGUCUUAUCUGGAUAUAUUGGAUUUUAUGUGGAACAGAAUCAGCGGGAGCAUACCCAAGGAGAUAGGUUAUAUAUCAUCCUUACGAUUGUUGCUUCUGAAUGGAAAUCAGCUGACCGGCUCAUUGCCAGAUGAGCUUGGUCUUCUUUCUAACUUGAACAGGAUACAAAUUGAUGAAAAUCAUAUAUCUGGACCUCUACCCACAUCAUUUGCAAACUUGAGCAAAGCUCAGCACUUUCACAUGAAUAAUAAUUCAAUUAGUGGGCAAAUUCCACCUGAGCUGUCCAGACUUCCAAAUCUUGUUCACUUGCUACUUGACAAUAACAACGUAUCUGGUUAUCUUCCACCAGAGCUCUCUGAAAUGCCGAGUUUGUUGAUUCUUCAACUUGAUAAUAACAACUUUGGUGGCAACAGCAUACCUCCUUCCUACGGAAACAUGUCCCACCUGUUAAAAUUGAGUCUCAGGAACUGCAGCUUGCAAGGGACACUCCCAGACUUCAGCAACAUGCAUAAUCUUUCAUAUAUAGACCUCAGCUACAACCAGCUUAACGGAUCUCUACCAUCUGAAAAGCUCUCCGAUAAUAUUACUACUAUAGAUCUGUCCCACAACAAUUUUACUGGACCUAUUCCUACUAGCUUUGCUAGCCUCCCUCUCUUGCAGAAAUUAUCGCUUGAGAACAAUCAGUUGAAUGGUUCUGUUCCAUCAAUCAUUUGGCAAAACAGGACUCUGAAUGCCACUGAAAGUCUUUAUUUGGAUUUAGAGAACAACCACCUCGCAAAUAUCUCAGGCACUCUUUUUGUUCCGGCAAAUGUUACCGUGAGGCUUCAAGGAAAUCCUUUGUGCUUUAAUUCCAACCUGGUGCAGCUAUGUGGAUCUCAGACACAGAAUAUAGUUGUAAACCGCAUCUCAAUUUCGUCAAAUGGCAGUCAAUGCCCCCCUCAAGCAUGCCCCAUUCCUUAUGAAUAUUACGCAUCAUCUCCUGUACCUUGCGUUUGUGCUGCUCCUCUGCUAGUUGGCUAUAGGCUGAAAAGUCCUGGAUUCUCCGAUUUCCAGCCCUACCGUGAUCAAUUUCAAGAAUACCUAACAACUGGCUUAAACAUUAACCUUUCUCAGCUUGAUGUUGGUUCACCACAAUGGCAAGAGGCUCGGCUGAGAAUGUACUUGAGGAUUUAUCCAGCUUACAUUGGUCCAACUAAUUCGUCGUUAUUCAACAAGAGUGAAGUUCUCAGAAUUCGUACCAUGUUCACUGGAUGGAACAUCCCUGAUAGUACCAUAUUUGGACCCUACGAGCUUCUUAACUUCACGCUUCUUGAUCCUUACAAGGAUGUAAUCUUCUCCACGUCAUCACCUGGUAUAAGCAAGGGUGCGAUUGCUGGCAUUGUAGUGGGGGCCAUAGCUGGUGCAGUUACACUAUCUGCAUUUGUCACUCUUCUUAUAUUGAGAUUAAACUCAAACAGGCAGCAAGCAAUUUCCAAAAGGCGCCAUAUGUCCAAAAUAUCUAUCAAAAUAGACGGUGUGAAGGAAUUCACUUUCCAAGAAGUGUCAGCAGCUACUAGGAACUUUGAUGUCUCUUGUCUGGUUGGGCAAGGUGGUUAUGGGAAAGUAUACCGUGGUGUUUUAGCCGAUGAAACAGUUGUGGCCAUAAAACGUGCUCUAGAGGGAUCACUGCAAGGUGAAAGGGAGUUCCUUACUGAGAUAGAACUACUGUCAAGGUUACAUCAUAGGAAUCUGGUUUCUUUACUCGGAUACUGUGAUGAUGAAGGGGAACAGAUGUUGGUUUAUGAGUACAUGCCAAAUGGUACCUUAAGAGAUCACAUAUCUGGAAAGUUCAAAGAGCCUUUGUCAUUUGCAAUGAGAUUGAGAAUUGCUUUGGGUUCGGCAAAGGGGAUCCUCUAUCUACACACUGAAGCUGAUCCUCCUAUAUUUCAUCGCGAUAUCAAAGCAAGCAACAUACUACUGGACUCUAGAUUAACUGCUAAGGUUGCUGAUUUUGGACUUUCAAAGCUUGCUCCUGCACCUGACUUUGAAGGAAUGGUGCCUAGUCAUGUAUCUACAGUGGUUAAAGGAACUCCUGGAUAUCUUGAUCCAGAGUAUUUCCUUACACAUAAGCUCACUGACAAAAGUGAUGUUUAUAGCCUGGGAGUUGUAUUUCUGGAGCUCUUAACUGGGAUGCAACCAAUUUCCCAUGGCAAAAAUAUUGUCAGAGAGGUGAAUAUUGCAUACCGUUCUGGGAUGUUAUUCUCAGUGAUAGAUGAUCGAAUGGGAUCAUACCCGUCUGAGUGUGUGGAGAAGUUCAUGACACUGGCUCUCAAAUGCUGCCAAGAAGAGACAGAAUCCCGACCUUCGAUGACUGAAGUGGUCCGGGAACUGGAAUCCAUAUGGAUGAUGGUGCCGGAAUCCGACACAAAACUGGUAGACUCGAUCACGACUGAUCCAGGAAAAGUUGUAGAAACCACAACAUCAUCCUCAGCUUCAUCUUCUGCAAUUGCCGGGAUGAGACAUCCAUACAUUUCAUCCGAGGUUUCUGGCAGUGACCUCGUGAGUGGAGUUGUUCCCACCAUUACACCGAGAUGA